AUGCGUCGCGAAAUCUUGACGAAAAGAUUCAACAUCAGCUGCGAAUGUGAGGGAUGUCUCGAUGAGGAGAGGAACGACCGAAUGGAAGGCUGGCGCUGCCUGGAAUGCGAGGAUGGAUGGCUGCCACCACAUACUUUCCCUAUUCUUGACGGCGCUCUGUACAAAUUUAAUGUGCUCCGGUUGGCUAAUCUCGAAGUGUUUUACGCAAGCGCAUUCAAGGAAAUG